GGCCCCCUAAGACAACCCUCUACUUCGGGGGGGCGCGGGGCGGGGUGGGGGGGGGUGCUCGGGGGGAGCCGGGGGGGGGCGGGGGGGGGGGGGGCGGGGUCGGGGGGCGGGUCGGGUCGGGGGCGGGGGGCGGCGGGCGGGUCCGCGGUCCGGGGGGCGGUGCGGGCGGGGGGUUCGUCGGGGCGGGGCGGGGUCGGGGAGGGGGGCGGGGUCGGUCGCGGGCGGGCCGGGGGGCGGGGGGGGUCGGCGGGCGGGGGGGGCGGGGGUCGGGGGGGGGGAGGGGGGGUGCGGGGGGGGCGGGGGCGGGCUCGGGGGGGGACGGGGGGGCGGGGGCGUCGGGGGGGCGGGGUCGCGGACGGGGGGCGGGCGGGGGGGUCGGGGUCGCGUCGGCGGAGGGUCGGGCGGGCGGGGGGGGGGGUCGCGGCGUCGGCGGGCGGGGGGGGCGGGGGGGGCGGUUCCGGGGGCGGUCGGGGGGGUCGGGGGCGGGAGGCGGACGGGGGGGCGGGCGGUCGGGGGGGGGGGGCGGGGGCGGGGCCGUCGGCGUCGGGCGGGGCGGGCGGGUCGUCGGUCGGGGGGGGGUCGGGGGGGGCGGGUCGGUCGGGGGGGGGCGGGGGUUUCGGUCGGGGGGGGUCGGGGUCGGGGGGGGGGGCGGUCGGGGGGGGGGGUGGGGGGCUCGGUCGGCGGGGGCGGGCGGGGGGGGGUCGGUCGGGGAGUUCGGGGGGGCGGGGGGGGGUUCGGGCCUUCGGGGUUCGGCGGUCGGGGAUGGGUCGGGGGCUGGGCUUCGGGGAGGCGCCGGGGGGGGUUUCGGGUUCGGUGGGGUUCCGGCGGGGCCGGUGGGGGGGGGUAUACUUUCUGGGGGGUCGGGCGGCGGGGCGCGGGAGCUACGUUCGGCGGGCGUCGGGGGGUUCGGGGUCGAGGACUUACUUCGGGGGCUCGGGCGGCGGUGGGCCGGGGGCGGGCGGGCUCGUCUUCGGGCUGGGUGGGCCAGCUGGGCAACCGGGUAG